UCGCGCCUGAGCGGAGACGGGGCGCCGAGCACGGCCGGCCGAGCACGGCGCCACAGCCGGCCCCCGGCCGUGCCCCAGCGGGCCUCUCACCGCCGUGCACGACGCGCAUGCGCGUCCCGAUUCUGGGGCCUGAGACGGGCUCACACCAGUAGUGUUUGAGCUGCGGCGGAGUGCGCUGGUCGCCUCCCGCGCGCGGCAUCGUCGCUGUGCGACGCGUAGUGUGUCUGUUGACCUGCACCAUGUUGCAAUACUGCCCGCCGUGCGAUCCGGACCGGCUGGUACCGAGUCUGUCGCCGCCCCUGGACCACAGCCUGCUGGACAACAUGCCCAUGUACCAGCAGGAUCACACUUGUCCUCAGAUGGAGGACGACAUGGACGGGUACCUGACCAAGCCGGGCUGGUCGGCGCCGCUGGAGGUGCCGGAGCCGGGCGAGCUCGACUCGCUGGUCAGCUCUCUACCCGUCGAGUCGGCCGUGUCCGAUCAGCCCCGGCGCGAGUCGGCCUCGCAGAUCGACGAGUUUUUCACGGCGGCCGUGCGCCGCCGCUCGUCCUACAUGGCGAUCCUGUCGGCUCUGCGCGGCAUGGAGGAGGACGAGCUGGCCUCCAAGCCGGAGGAGGGCUGCUCUGCGCAGCUGCCGCCGGCCGCUGACGCCGCCCUGACGGCGCUGCCGCCGGGCCCGGCGCCGCUGCAGACGGUGCCGGCGCCGGCGGCCGCGCAGUGGUUCUCGGGCCGCUACUGCCUGCCGCCGACGCCGCCCAUGUCCGAGUCGGGCUCGCCGCCGCCGCCGCCCUACUGCCGCGGCCCGCCGCCGGCCUGGAUGGCGCAGCAGCUCAUGUGCGACCGGCGCCAGCUGCUGGGCGAGCUGCGCCAGCGCGCCGAGUCGCCCUCCGCCGAGCGGCGCCGCUACAACCGCCGCAACAAUCCCGAGCUCGAGAAACGCCGCGUCCAUCGGUGCCAUUUUGUCGGAUGCACCAAGGUCUACACCAAGAGCUCCCACUUGAAGGCUCACCAGCGGACGCAUACAGGAGAGAAGCCGUAUCUGUGCUCGUGGGAGAGCUGCAACUGGAGCUUCGCCCGCUCCGACGAGCUGACCAGGCACAUUCGCAAGCACACCGGCGCCAAGCCGUUCGUGUGCAAGACGUGCCACCGCGCCUUCGGCCGUUCCGACCACCUGGCACUGCACAGGAAACGGCACGAGCCCAAGUCCAAGAAGUAAGCCGUGAGCUGGCCGGCGGGCCGUGUCCGUGUGCCGGCCUCCGCCGCUGGCCGGGCUGAGAGGCCGGCGCCGACCGGACCGGACCGGCCGCCGCGAACCGAUCUGAACUGAGCUGGAGAACGAGCGAGCGGGCGUCGCUCGCGGCGCGGGCCGCCCGCGCCACUGCAAGUGUUUAGGUUUAGUCGUUCGAAGCGUGCCAUUGUUUACGCUCGACCUCGAGGCCUAUACCGGCCUCGGACUUGUCGCAUGGUAGCCGCACCAGACUCGCUAUUUUUUACUUCGAUCCAGCUGGUCUGGUUACUGUCGCUGUGAGGGGGACAUGGAUCCAGCCAGUCUGGUGGCCUUUGACGCGGCGCGGGCGCCGGGCGUCACACGAGUGUUCUAAUGUCAUGUACGAGCCAUUUGGGUGGGAUGUUGUCGGGUGUAGCACGUGCAAAACUAGCGAAUCAAAAGUUUGCGGGGCGCUGAUGGCAGCGGGGCUGUGCAGAGUGUUCUCGGAACCGGCCCGGCGUCGCAGCGCGGCGUGACGUCGGCGUCGGCCGCGGCUGGCCGCUGCAGCUGCAGCCUUGGCCGGCCGCCCAGCGCCGGCUGAUUGUGCCGCUCGCCAACCGUGCAGCGGCCGCCGACGGCGCCUGUCUCACUCCCGUGGCCUCCCGUGUCCCUCACGUGUCCUUCCGGUGACCCUGCGUCCGUGUCCCUCCCGUGUCCGGCGUCCGUGUCCCCUCGUGUCCGGCGUCCGUGUCCCUCCUCGUCCCUCCCGUGUCUAUCUGUGUCCGGUGUCCGUACCCGGUGUCCGGUGUCCGUGUCCGGUGUCCGUGUCCCUCUCUGUCUGUCUUAGUGUGUCCUUCUGGCGUCCGUUGUCGGUAUUCCUCCCAUGUUUCGUGUCCGUGACCUUCCCGUGUCUAGUGUUGUCCGUGCCUUCAUAGUGCAAAAUUGAUGACUCUCAUCUGACGACUUUUCGGAAUGACCUGGCGCUUCUCUUUGCUCACUGAAGCUUAUGUGCCUUAAUUAAUAAUCAAACUAUGGUGCAGAAAUUAAUUAUUCAGCACUAGUUAUUUACGGUGUUCGGCGAUUGGCGUAAGAAUAGUUUACGAUUAGUGGAUUUUCAGAGGCGUAUUUAAUGAGGGACUAAGGAGGUCAUGGCACAAUCGAGCGUUGGAAUGAAUCUGUUUUCCACGGACAUAUUUUGGUUGGUAGAUCUUGUGAUAACCAUGACUUAGAUAUCUAAGCAGCGAACGCAGUUACAAAAUACCUGCAGGAAAGAGGAGUUGACUCAAGUCAUUUGCUCUUCUCAUGAAAUAGCGACGGUCUGAUUCUUAACCUUCGGCUGGCCGGAAGGCUUUUACCUGCUAGUACAGUUAAGUUAUAUAGAUAUAGAGCGUACACACGAUGGUGAGAUAAUCGGAAACAAGAAACUCUUAAAUCUUGAAGCCAUGUUCUCUGGACUUCUUGGGCCCCGGUCGACAUACACUCUACACACAGGCGUUUACCCAUUUUAUAGACGUGUCAUCAUGUGGCCAUACGGCGAUGCAUCGUAAAGGCGAUUAGUACGAUGGAAGUUGCUGGCCGUUCAUGGCUGCCAGCUCUUCUUAGUGAACCCCUCGGGUGUCACUGGUACCCGCACUGGCCAUUUCACCCGGCGCUGUACUACCCGGUACGAGCUUUAUAUCAGCCAGCCCCGCGUUGAUGGGCUUCUAAUACCAGUAACCCUGAGCUCUUACUGUAAUAAUCCUAACAUAUUGUCUGGCUGAUCGAUAAAUACGCAUCGCAGUCGGCAGUCGCAAUGGCCGGCGUGCGAUUUAUUAUUCGCGCUGGCGCACUCCGCUUAGGCUGGUGGUCGGGGGCGCUGGGCUGCUGACGUGUGCAGAGCGCCGGUCGGGAAGAUCGCGCCGAGCCGCGGCGUCAUGGCUCGGCCCAUGGCGGGCUGGCCUGGGACGGCUCGAAACACCGCAGGGCAAGUUUUCUCUGCCGUUUGGUCGCGGCCCAGAUGGCGCCAGCUGAAAGAGGGCAUCUGCCGGCCCCACAAGCCGAGCGGUCGGCGGGCCGGACUGGCCGACCGACUGGACUAGCCAUGUCCUCAGCCGAGAGCAGGACAGGACGGCCGCGGCGGCGCGACGCCGGUCCAUGGCGCCAAAAACUGACCGGAUGGCGGCGCACAGCCUUCUGACAGGGCAGAGUUGGAGUCGGUGGUCCGCCAUUAUUUAAUUUCCAAGUAUUUUAUCAAUUCCAAAGCGAGGACGCCCCGUAAACAUUGGGUCGGCAUUGGGUGGAUGUUCCCUCAUUUCUAGGGACAGACCCAAGACACAUAACAAUGGAAUAAGCUCUUUAUUAAUUUCAGACAUCGUGACGACACAAUUCAGCUCGGCAGCUCUUCCAGAAUCUCAUUUCUCAGUAGGGAAAACGACUGCCAGAGUCAUAUUUUAUUGGUCAGAUAUUCUAACUCUUCUAAGAGAUAUGCAAGGGUUGAUAUAACACAUUUAAUUGAGAACGGUUGCCAAUCUAUUUUAGUUUUCCCCCAAGCCUCCUUGUCUGCCUUCAAUUCCUUUGGUUUCUGCCUGCACCGCUGCCCACUCUCCAUGACACACCGCGCCACCGGCCGAGUGGAGACGGUGGCCUUGGAGCCGGCGGGCCGCGGCGGCGCGCGCGCUGCUCCGCGCCGGCCCGGCGGGGGCGCUGCUGAUCCGGCGCGGCGCCACCGGCCGGCCGACGCCGGGCGCCGCGCCGCCGCCGGUCCUGGAUGGAUCAGCCGGCUCGGGCCGAGGCGCCGCUCGUCUCCCGUGGCUCUACUGGUUUGACCAGAUGUAUCCAUGUAGCGCCGUUAAUCUCUUGGACUAUUCGGCUUGUGGAGACUGAUCUCAAAGCUUGCGGGUACCAACGGCUCCAGGCUUCUCUGCACAUCUUACCCAAGCUGCGCAGCCCUUGUGUUCAAAAUUAUCUCACAAAAUUAAGUGCUCUGAAAAGGCACCCAACGCAUCGAAAUUCAGAAGGACAGUUUGGUGGCUUCGUAUUUGCGUUGCGAUUAUACCAUCAUCAACUGUAGCCCGUAUACUCGUAGAUGAGAGAUCAAUGCGAUGUUUACUGCUGAACAAUGCUAAAUUGUUAUUGCAAUAAGUACCUAUAGGUGAAACGUCAGUUUCAGAGCAUGAAAUGUCAAAGCACGAGUGGCUAAUCAUGUUCAUAUGUAUUCGAUUGUUGUGAAAAACCUACCGUAUCUUUUAAAUUUAACCCUUUCCGAAUGCGCUCUGUCCGAUUGCUUUACUCGUAUCGAUCUGUGUUUGAUUCGCAAAAUUACUGCGAAGUGUAUCGUCUUGCCUAGCCCAUUGCUUCCAAGUUUCUCUUUAGUCUUUGCGUUUUUUUCUGAAACCGCAAGCUUGUGCACGGGCUCCACGGCUUUACAAGUGUCUGUUACACCGUUACUAGGGCUCUUAAGAUGUGGCUUCGAGAGCAGUGAGAUUUUUUUUAGGUUUGACGGUGAGGUGUCAAACCGUCGGAUUCGACCUUCGAAUGCUUUUUUAUUUGUUAGUUAAGAUAAGAACUGCUGGGCGGUCGGUUGGGUUUUGUCUGAACAGUCCACUAGGUUAAGACUUUUCUAUCGGCUGGUCUGGGACUGUCAGUUGAACGGGGCUUUAGUAGACAUAAAAUUAACAGUUAUGUUCACUAUGCUCCACUUGCACUUCAGGUGCGCAGCCUUUGCAACUGACGGCUAGCAGCCGUUUACUGAUAAGGAACUGUAAAUGUUCAAUGUUUAUUUUUAAGUGAGCUGUAUUGCUUUUUGGACUAGCCUACAUCGUCAAUGGACUCGUUUUAUGAUGUGCUGAUGGCAAAGCUUUGGGGGCGGUGCUAACGCUGUAGUGAAGUGUGACGGAGUUCCAAAUGAGCUUCUUCAGUGAAUAGUACGGUAUUCACCCGGAGGGCGGAGCUGACACCUUUCUUUUGCGGGCUGCUUAUUGCCAUUAGUACUGCUCAGACAUAAAGCGCAACUGGCGUUGGGUGUCGGUGGAUAUAAAUGAAGUGCGUUACAAGUGUUUUAUAAAUACGGUGGAUUCCGACUCAUCCGUCCAAGAUCCGCGGCCUGGAAGAUGACCAAACAAAACAGCUUGCUGAAGUCGGAUGCUGGUGGUUGUUUAACUUGCUCGCUGGUCGGCAAUAAAAGUGAACGCCUGUCUGACAUCACCUAAGGGCAUGCGAUGGGUCAUCCACAUACUAUUUUUGGUGCUCUUCUAAUACACAUUUUGAGGUAAA